CUCUAUCCUUCCAGAACAUCUCCUUAUAUAAGUACCACUUCGCCUCCACUAGUCACCACUACCUCUCUCUACACACAAACACAAAACACACACAUUUCCUCUGCUCUGUUCUGUUUCAUUCCCACAUCUCCUUCUGACCUUUGCAAUGGCAGUGUCUGGGUUCGAGGGUUUCGAGAAAAGACUCGAACUCCGAUUCUUCAACGACAACACAACCACCACCUCAACAACCAACAAAAGCCCAAUGGGCCUCCGUCUCAUCGACUUCGAAUCUCUAGACCAAGUCUUAACCCAAGUUCAGUGCACGGUGGUCUCCGCCGUAGCCAACCACAGCUUCGACGCUUACGUCCUCUCCGAGUCGAGCCUCUUCGUCUACCCAACCAAAAUCAUCAUCAAAACAUGCGGCACCACCCAACUCCUCAAAUCAAUCCGACCUUUCAUCCACCUCGCGCGUACCCUCAACCUCACCUUACGCGCGUGUAGAUACUCACGCGGCAGCUUCAUCUUUCCCAAGUCACAGCCUUUCCCUCACACCUCAUUCGAAGACGAAGUCGUCAUCGUCGAAGACUCCCUCCCGAAAUCUCUCCGUCACCGUAAAGCCUUCGUCAUGACGCCGUCUAAUAACCCCUCGCGUGCUUGGCACGUGUUUACAGCCAGCGCUGACGUGGAGCCCGACGAGCCACUCGUGGUCGUCGAGGUCUGCAUGACGGAGCUUGACCCAGUCAACGCCCUGAGCUUCUUCAGACGGAAAGGUGAUGAGAAUAAUGAUUCUGCAGGGAAAGAGAUGACGCGGCUGAGCGGUAUCGACGCGAUAAACGAAAACGCGUUUGUGUGCGAUUUCGCGUUCGAUCCCUGCGGCUACUCGAUGAACGGAGUCGACGGAGAUCGUUACUCGACGAUCCACGUCACGCCGGAAGACGGUUUUAGCUACGCGAGCUUCGAGUGCGGGUUGUCUCUACACGACGACGGUCGUGGAGAUAUCGCGGAGGUGUUGAGUCGCGCCAUCGAUGUUUUCAGGCCGAGCUGCGUCUCCAUCGCCACCACUUACGGCGGGGAGGAUUACGACCGCGAGGUGACGAAGCGGGUGGAGCGUGUGUUGGCGAAGAAGCUCGGUCUUAAGUGUCGGAGCAGGCUUAUGGAUGAGUUUCCAGGAUCGGGCACGGUUGUUUUUCAGUCGUUCACUCCUCGCCGGAGAUAGUUUUCGCCGGAAGAAAACAGAAAAGUUUUUUUUCAAAAAAAGGAACAGAAAAGGGUUUUAGGUUUUAAUUGGUUGAGAGGAGAAAGAAAAGGAAGGUGGUGACGUGGAGGGAAACGAUUGGUUGACUUGGGUAAGGAAUGAUAAAUAAGUGGGAACAUAGAUGAUCAUGCACCCUUACUUUACACUUGUGGAAAUGUCACGCCUAAGCAUUUUUGAGGUUCAGUGUUUGUAGAUUUUUAGUGGGCGAGAGAGGGUAAAAACGUUUGUUUCUUUGUUUCUUUUCUUUUGUUAUGUUUGUUUUUAUUUUAAAUAUCUUUUAUCAGACAUUUGCUA